AUGCGUUUCACCAUUGCCACCAUUGCUUUCUUCGCCGGCCUGGCUGCCGCCACCGCUGGUGCCGACACCACCGUCUACGAGACUGAUGAGGUCACCAUCACCUCCUGCGCCGCCACCGUCACUGACUGCCCCGCCCGUGAGACCUCCUCCGUCCCCGCUGUCGUGACCUCCGUCCCCGCCGCUGUCACCUCCGUCCCCAGCGGUGCCGGUGCUGAGUCCUCGCCCGCUCCUUCCAGCGGUGCCCCCGCUGGCAGCGCCCCCGCUCCCUCCGCUGCCCCCAGCUGGACCACCUCCGUCCCCGCUGUUGUCUCCUCCGUCAGCGUUCCCGCUGGUAACGGUGGCUCCCCCGCCGGUGGUGCCUCCCAGUCGUGGUCCGUGGUCUCCCACACCACCUGCAUUCCCACUGUCAUCUACUCCACUGUCCCCGUCCCCAUGGGUACCUCCCCCGUGACCGCUGGCUCCGGCUCCGCUCCCCACGCUCCCUCCGGCAGCAAGUCUGCCGGUGUUGCUCCCAGCGGCGCUGCUGCCACCUCUGCUGUUGCCUCCCCCUCCGCCACCCCCGCUUACAGCGGUGCUGGUGCCGUCUCUGGCUCCAUUGGCUUCGCUGGUCUCGCUGCCAUCGCUGCCUUCGUUCUGGCUUAA